GCGCAGGCUCGCGGCUCUCGGCUGUCAGGGCAAGGCAUACUGACAGUAUGGCGGCGGAGUGCAGCUGGAAGGAUGCUACUGUCGCCCGUGAUGUUUCUAUCGCCGGCAGCACGUAAAUGGACUAUUGACGGUAAAGAAGAGAAGAGGAUUUAGCGAGAAAGGCCUGUCGCCGUAAGCUCCCAAGAUGGCCAGGCUCGCCGACUACUUUGUUGUGGUCGGUUACGACCUCGACAAACGAGUCGAGGGUGAGGGUCAAGGUCGCAUUCUCCAGCGGUUUCCUGAGAAAGACUGGGAGGAUAGUCCGUUCCCACAAGGCAUAGAGCUGUUCUGUCAGCCCAGCGGUUGGGGGCUGGUUCCUGAACGGCAGCCAGCUUCCUUCUUUGUGGCGGUUUUGACUGACAUCAACUCAGAGCGUCACUACUGUGCCUGCUUUACCUUCUGGGAGGGCCUGGACAAUCCACAGAAGUCCGAGGCCAGAGAGGCAGAUGAGGCAGAUGAAGAGCCGGCUGUUGUCCAAGCAGCUAAAGUCUUCGGUCCCAAGAGCCUGGUGCUGGUGUCUCGGCUCGAUUAUACUGAAGUUUUUAGAAACUGCCUGGGUCUGAUCUACACCGUCCAUGUGGAUGGGCUGUCUGUCCCUUUGGAAACAGUGAUCGGAAACCUUCUAACCUGUGUCAUCCCCAUCGCCGGAGGCUCCCAGAUAGAUGAGUCCCCAGUUUGUAGUUUAGACAAAGUUCCCCAGGCCCUGGCCUGUGAAUGGCUGCUGGCCUGUCUCCAGCCGGGCCAGGAGGAGAGAGAGGAGAGUUUGCGGACUAUAACAUUAGGCGCCGGUGACCGUCAAGUUAUCCAGACCCCCAUCAACGACUCCCUUCCUAUCAGCGGCAGCAGUGUCGCUCAGCUCUUCAGACAGCUUGGUAUCGUCAACGUGUUGUAUCUGUUCUGUGCUGCCCUGACGGAGCAUAAGAUCUUGUUCUUGUCCAGCAGCUAUCAGAGACUAACGGACGCGUGCCGAGGACUGCUGGCCAUUAUGUUCCCCCUCAAAUACAGUUUUACCUACGUUCCCAUCUUACCGGGAAAACUACUAGAAGUCCUGAGCACACCCACCCCCUUCAUCAUCGGUGUCAAUUCGUUUUUCCGCUCCGAGACACAAGAACUGUUGGAUGUGAUCAUCGCUGAUUUGGACGGAGGCACCGUAACCAUCCCUGAAUGUGUCCACAUCUCCCUGCUGCCUGAACCCCUGCUACAGCAGACCCAGACUGCACUCUCCAUGGUUUUGGAUCCAGAGCUGGAAUUCGCUGAUCACGCCUUCCCCCCACAGUCCAUGCAACCCUCUGCACUCAAGAUCCAGGAUAAGGAGAUCCGAGCAGUCUUCCUGUGGUUGUUUGCUCGACUUUUCCAGGGCUAUCGCUGGUGUUUACAUAUCAUCCGCAUCCACCCAGAACCUGUAAUCCGCUUCCAUAAGGCGGCCUUUCUGGGCCAGAGGGCGCUGGCUGAAGAUGACUUUCUCAUGAGAGUCCUGGACGGCAUGGCGUUUGCAGGCUUCGUGUCAGAGAGGGGUCCUCCCUACAGAGCUACUGAUCUGUUUGAUGAUCUCGUGGCCAAUCAAGUGGAGCGGAUACGACAAGAGGAGGCCUGCCCGCACAAAGUCAUGAGCCACGUCAAGGAGCUUGCAGAGCAGCUCUUCAAAAACGAGAAUCCCUACCCCGCUGUGGCCAUGCACAAAGUCCAGCGGCCGUCAGAAAACAGCCAGAACACCCCUCAGAGUAAGACACCCUUCCCUGUUCUGGAUGAGGUUGCGGUGCAGCUUUUCAUUGACCACGCUGCUGCCAAGCUCAAGAACGCCCCUCCUGUGGUCAAGGCAGAGCUGAAGAGCAUGGUGCCAUCUGGACCACCCCUAGGAGACGUCGUGGACAGGAACGGCAAUGUGAUGGCGAACAGCGCUCGGAGACUAGAGGUGGUCAGGAACUGCAUCACGUACAUCUUUGAGAACAAAAUGCUGGAGGCCAAGAAGCUGAUGCCAGCUGUGCUGCGGGCGUUAAAAGGUCGAACAGCCCGAGUCUGUUUGACGCAGGAGCUCAAUCAGCACGUCCUGCAGAACCGAGCCGUGUUGGACGACCAGCAGUUCGACUACGUUGUUCGCAUGAUGAACUGCACCUUACAGGACUGUUCACAUAUUGAUGAACAUGGGAUUGCAGCUGCCCUUCUUCCCCUGGUCACAGCAUUCUGCCGAAAACUGGGUGCAGGCAUUACCCAGUUUGCCUACAGCUGUGUACAGGAGCACACGGUAUGGACCACCAUGCAGUUCUGGGAGGCCAUGUUCUACAGCGAUGUCCAAAAUCACAUUAAAGCUCUGUACCUGGAGACAGAAGAUGGAGAUCAGCAGAAUAACUUGGAACAGCAGGACGGGUCAAGCAGCAGCAGGGAAAUCAGCGCCCUGGAGCUGGCGUCUGAGCAGAGCCGUCUGUGGCCGACGCUAACCAAGGAGAUGCAGAUGGAGCGCGUGCAGAAGGAGGAGAGCACGGUGUUCAGCCAGGCCAUCCACUACGCCAACAGGAUGAGCUACCUGCUGCUGCCGCUGGACACCAGCAAGAACCGACUGCUGAGGAGCUCUGGCCUUGGAGACGUGGAGAGUGUCAGCAACAGCUACGUCACAAACAGCAUCGCAGGCAGCAUGGCGGAGAGCUACGACACAGAAAGCGGCUUCGAAGACGCUGAGAGCUCAGACGUGGCCAACUCAGUGGUGCGCUUCAUCAACCGCUUCGUAGAUAAAGUUUGCAACGAGAGCGGUGUGACGAAUGAGCACCUCAAAGCUCUCCACAUAAUGAUACCAGAUAUCGUCCAGAUGCACAUCGAGACAUUAGACGCAGUCCACAGGGAGAGUAAGAGGCUGCCGCCGAUCCAAAAGCCCAAGCUGCUGAGGCCAACUCUGUUGCCUGGGGAGGAGCUGGUGAUGGAUGGCAUGAGGGUCCACCUAAUCCCAGAUGGCCGCGAGGAGGCAACAGGGCUAAUGGGAGGUCCGCCUCUUCUUCCUGCCGAGGGUGCCAUCUUCCUUACUACUUAUCGCCUUAUCUUUAAGGGCACACCAAGUGACCCAUUAGUGGGUGAGCAGGUUGUUACUCGAUCCUUCCCCAUCGCCUCUCUGACUAAGGAGAAGAGGAUCUCGGUCUCAAUAACCAUGGACCAGUUUGUCCAGGAGGGGCUGCAGCUGCGAUCCUGCACUUUCCAGCUAAUGAAGAUAGCAUUUGAUGAGGAAGUUGCGUCAGACUUGGCUGAAGUUUUCAGGAAGCAUUUGCACAAGUUACGUUACCCUCAGCACGUCCAGGGCACCUUCGCCUUCACCGUGGGACAGUGCAGCAAGCUAGUGGUCGAGCACAAGACCAAGGACAAGAACCAGUCACUAAAGACACUUUCCAAAAACCUGGUGAAGAGUGCCAAGAGGACCAUCGGCCGGCAGUAUGUGACCAGGAAGAAGUAUUCUCCUCCCACUUGGGAAAACAGGGGCAGCUUCCAGUCAGAGUUAGAUGAAGACGAAAUCUCAGUCUCGGAGGAAGUGGACCAGAGCUCCCUCACCCUCUCCUCCACCAUCCGCUCUUCAGACAGACAAACCAUGAGCAACGUUGUGGAGCGCGCCUGCUGCCGGGACUACCAGCGUCUGGGUCUGGGCACGCUCAGUAACAGCCUGACACGAUCAAAGAACGAGCCUUUUAGGAUUUCCACUGUUAACCGCAUGUACACCGUCUGCAGGAGCUACCCCGGCCUGCUGAUCGUCCCCCAGAGCAUCCCAGACUCGACCAUCCAGAGAAUCUCCCGCUGCUACCGACAGAAUCGCAUCCCAGUAGUUUGUUGGAGGAAUUCACGGACCAAAGCCGUGCUGCUACGCUCAGCUGGCCUUCAUGCCAAGGGGGUGGUGGGCUUCUUCAAGUCCCCCAACGCACCUACUGCAGUUCCUUCGCAGGCAGACUCCUCCAGCCUGGAGCAGGAAAAAUACCUGCAUGCCAUAAUCAGCUCCAUGCCAUCAUACAGCGAGAACAGUGGCAGAAACACACUGAGCGGCUUCACAUCCACACACAUGAACACCUCCGACUCUUCAGAUAAAAUGAGAAACCCCAAGAUUGGAGCUCUGAUGAAGCAGGUGAUGGGCGCCAAGGAGGACGUUCCUGGUACCUUCAGCAGAGGAGCUGUUGGUCAAAGGGCGAAAGUCAUCUCCCUCUCUCAGCCCAAAGUGUCUGGCAAAGCCAAGAACCCUCCCAGAGGGAAAUGGGGCAGUAUCCGGGGCAGCGGGCGUCUAAGUGCCUACAAUCCAGAUGUGGGGACACGUCUGGCUGGGAAAGAGUCUCCACAGCCCAAUGGAGGACCUAGCGAAGCGCUGUUCCUCCGCCAGCAGAGAGCUUACCUCUAUAUCAUUGGGGAUAAAGCCCAACUUAAGGGAGGAAAGCAAGACUCCUUCCAGCACUGGGAGGUGGUUCCCAUCGAGGUUUGUGACGUGCGGCAGGUGAAGAACAGCUUCAAGAAGCUGAUGAAGGCAUGCGUGCCGAGUUCCCCGACAUCUGACCCCAACAUGAGCUUCCUGCGCUGCCUAGAAGAGUCGGAGUGGAUGGCCCUGCUGCACAGGGUGCUGCAGGUGUCUGUCCUUGUAGUGGAGCUUCUGGACACCGGCUCAUCAGUCAUGGUCAGCUUAGAAGACGGCUGGGACGUCACUACACAGGUGGUGUCCUUGGUGCAGCUGCUGUCUGAUCCCUACUACAGAACUUUUGAUGGUUUCCGGCUGCUGGUGGAGAAGGAGUGGCUGUCAUUCGGUCACAGGUUCAGCCAUCGCGGCGCUCAGACGCUGGGCAGCCAGAGCAGCGGCUUCACCCCCGUCUUCCUGCAGUUCCUGGACUGUGUACACCAGAUUCACCUCCAGUUCCCCAUGGAGUUUGAGUUCAGCCAGUACUACCUGAAGUUCCUGGCCUACCACUACGUGUCCAACCGCUUCCGCACCUUCCUGCUCGACUCGGACUACGAACGCAUCGAGCUGGGUGUGCUGUAUGAGGAGAAAGGAGAGAGGAAAAGUCCUCAGGUGUGCAAGUCUGUGUGGGACUACAUCGACAGACUCAACAAGAAAACACCCAUUUUCUACAAUUACAUGUACUCUCCAGAGGAUGAGGAGGUGUUGCGGCCGUACACUUUCAUCUCCAACCUGAAGGUGUGGGACUUCUACAUGGAGGAGACGCUAUCUGAAGGGCCAUCGUAUGACUGGGAACUGAGGGGCCGGCCGGAGAACUCGGCGGAGGAGACGGCAGAGAAACCCGACACAGGCGGCCCAAAAUCUCAACGCCACAUCGUGUGGCCGUGUUAUGACAGCCUGAGUAAGGUGGUCCCCGACGCCAUCACCAAGCUGCUGCAAGACCUGCAGAGUCUGGAGGCCGAGCUCGGACAGACGUCGGAGAAGUGGAAGGACACGUGGGACAAGAUCAAAUCCACGCAGAGAACUGAGACCAAACUGGAAAGCAAGCCGUCGUUCUCCAGCUCCCUUCUCAUGUCGUCUAACCUGAGCCACCAGCGGCGCUCUCAGGGCGUCUACCUGCAGGAGAGCGGCGUCAGAUCUUCCAUCAACCUGGGUCUGGACUGCGAGGCCAGCGCCACCUCCACGCCGGUGGCUGGUCGGCCGAGCACCAGCACGCUCUACAGCCAGUUUCAGAGCACCGAGAGCGAAAACAGGAGUUUUGAAGGCAUUCUGUACAAGAAGGGGGCAUUGUUGAAACCAUGGAAAGCGCGGUGGUUUGUGCUGGAUAAGACCAAGCAUCAGCUGAGAUACUACGAGACCAGACAGGACAAGGAGUGCAAAGGGGUGAUCGAACUGGCCGACGUGGAGUCCGUCAUGGUGGGAACGCCCACCAUGGGAGCACCGAAAAAUGUAGAAGAGAAAGCCUUCUUUGAUCUCAAGACAACCAAACGAGUGUACAACUUCUGUGCCCAGGACAGUCUGAACGCUCAGCUGUGGAUGGACAGCGUCCAGAGCUGCCUGUCGGACGCGUAGAGGACGAGGAGGAGGAAGGAACGGGCAGUGAUGAACAAAGGACAGGAAGGGGCCUUUCACCACUUAAGCUCUGCUCUGUUUGCUAGUGUUGAACUAAUAAUCUUACAUCACAAUGUUUUUUUUUGUUUGUUAUAUAAAAAAUGAAAAAGAAAAAAAAAAAAAGAAGAACCACUUCCUGUUGUAGCUGCAGCCUCUCACCUCCCCAACAGUCUGACCACUAUGUGUCUGUAUGCACCAAUCCAAUGCAUAUUCAAGCACGGUGUUACAUUUCUGAGGCGUUCCUGCAGCUUGGACCAGCAUGAAGAUCCUUCCAGACCCCCCACCUGCAAAACACCACCUGCUCCCUUUAUCUUACUAACCCCACUCACCCUUUAAAAAACACUUUGGGGAGGAAUGACGGAGGAGCUGCAGUCAGCCUGGACUCAUUAGACUGGAACUAAAAGGCCUAACCAGUGGGUAGAUGGACCAAAACCGCCCUGGGAAACAAACACUGACUGGCUAAACACUCUUCUUCUAAUCCUCAGAGGCCUCUGCUUUCACUGCCUGAUAUCGCUCAUUUACAGUAUAUCAAAUGGAAGAUGAGCAUGUCGUUGUGGAGGGUGGCACGUCAACGGUUCAUGAAGGAUUUCCUUUUCUUUUGAAGUUUUUAUUCUUUUUCUACAAUCUAAAGUUUGUACCAGAAAGAGAGAAAAAAAAGGACAACCCUCAUUUAGCUGUUCUCCACAGGUAAACGACGCACUGUGAAAGCCAUGAAUUGGUCUCAAGGAUCAAACCAGGAGAGCCAAAAAAAAAAAAAAGUAAAAAAAAAAGAAGUCGUCCAUCAGGUAUUGAGUGUCGGUGAACUUUUCACUGAUUGUGUUUACAAAGUAGAGAAAAAAAAAAACUUCCCUCACUUAAGAUCAGAUUUGCUUUUCACCCUUGUGCUUUUAGUCAACCACUAUUACCAUGCAGAUUUUUUUAAGGGAUGCUGAAGGAGAAAGGAGGGAUUUUUUUUUUGUAACAUCCUUUAAACAAGUCUAUAGAUGGAGGUCUGACAGGUUGGGAUGUUAAUGAGCAAUGACAUGUCAGACAGUAUUUAGUGAUGGAUCAGACUGUUGCAGGAUGUCUGUUAAAGGAAAAUGAUGGUAUAUAUAUAUAUAGAAAUAUAUUUUUAUUUACCUGCGUAGCGUUCUUUUCACUGUGCCUGCUACAACAUUGGGCCCAGCUAGAUUUGCACUCACAAAUCCUGACUUCUAAAAACAGACUGUCCACACAUUUUCAGCUAAAAUGAAACUGAAUUAAACAAUCUAACUAGUUUUCCUUGGGGGGGAGGGGGGUAUUCUCUUUACAUGGCCACAAAUCCACAAGUUAAAACUAAAAAUGAAAGCUACUGUAAUUCUGCUCUUUGGAAAGCAACCCACAUGUCUCGAGAGCUCUGGUCGCAUAUCUACAAACUGUUUUAGCUGCAUCAUUGGCGCUUAUAUCUGCUAGCUAUAGAGAAAUUAUGAAUUUUACUGGGAAUGUUUCGAAGAUGGCCCCUCCACACACAAAAACCACUCUGUUAACACACAGCCUGCUUUGUAAAAAUACAGUUCUACUGCUGUCUGAACAUAAAACGUUGAAAUUGUAGAUUUUUUUUGUGUCUUAUAACUUCCUUUGUAUAUACUACUCCAGAUUUGUAUGUAACGUUUAUGGUAGUAAUUUAUUUAACUUGUCUCCUCAGUAAAGAGUUCCUCAAGCACCACUUUAUUUUUUAAAUUAGGAAUUCAAUGUGCCAUUUGUUUAUUUCUGUAUUAAUGUGACUAAUGCUUUUUGUGUUAUUUUUGGAAACUGUACAACCCUUUAUUUUCUUUUUGUAAACAAAGUUGUCCUUACUUUACAUGAGCUGUUUUAAGAGUGGAACUAGUGUGUUAGUGGGCUGCUUUUUAAAGGUUGAUUGGAUUUUUUUUUUUUUUAAACUGUGUUGCUCAUCCACAGCGGUGGGAUGUUCUAGUUGUAGAUUUCAAGUCCCAAAAUAAAUGUCCGAUGUGAAGUCUUCCCAUUGCUGGGUUCUGCUGACUGGUGUGGUGUUGGGUAAACGCACUUAUGCCUCCGUUUGAAGUAAACAUCGAUAACAAAAAAGAAAGGUGAAGGCAUCGGCGCCAUUUGUGGUCGUAAAUUUAAAAUUUGCAGCUGAAUGUAGUAAGGGAUUAUUUUUGUCCAUAAAAUGUCUUCAAACAUGAAAUCUACUUAUUCCUGCAGCAAAGCUGAAUGGGAAUCUAGUUUUAUUUUUAAUCCAUGUACAUUUUAAUGUGAUAAUUUAAAAUACUCAAACAUUUGCUAAUCCUCAUAUUUAUUUACAAAUCAAGCAUUUAAAGUUCUCAGUUGGAUGUUAUUUUAUUAAUGAGUUGAGUGACGUGAAAAACGAAGCAUCUGUAGCUUCCUGUGAUGUCAGAGUUGUUGCUUUGUUGGUCAGCUGACUGAAACGCACACGGUGACGUCAUACGUUCUUCCAGUUAACAGCUUGACCAAAGCGACAGCAGUCAGAACCCACCGGUGGGAAGACCCGACUAGGAUCUACACUCUGCCGACCACAGAGCUCAUUCUGGUUUACACAUCUCCGUGGUCACUCUACUAAAACUUGUCAUAAUCCCUUUUUAUUUAUUUUUAUUUUUUUAGAAAUGACCUCCUGAGCCGGGUUCUAUUGUCAAUCAUGUCAGUUUAGUUUUUAGAAUCCAAAUAAAUACUGUGGGUUUAAAUGUU